CUCCAUUUUUCUAAUUAACUGAAAAUCAAACCGGGAUUCAAGUGUCAUUCCAAUGGAGUCUGCUUUGACAGUUUUCGAGAGACCAGUUAAUGGGGUUGGAGCAAACAAUGCAUUACCAUCGACAGAGACGCAACAAGAGAAGAGAAAGAUGUCAUCUCGUGGUGGUUUAAGACACUGGACAGAGUCAGAGGAUCUCAAACUCACAGAGCUCGUGGCGGCUCACGGUUUUGACAAUUGGGAUCUCAUUGGAGAGAAGAUGCAAACAAGAUCAGGUAAGAGUUGCAGAGUAAGGUGGUUUAACCAGCUCGAUCCAACGAUCAACAGGGCACCUUUCACUGAGGAGGAAGAAAGGAUAAUUGUAUCAUCUCACAAUUACUAUGGCAACCAAUGGGUUAAGAUUGCUAGGCACCUCAAAGGAAGAACAGAGAAUGAUGUGAGGCAUCACUGGAACUAUCAUUUGAACAGACCCGCACGGGGGAGCCAUAUUAAACCUAAGACAAGAUACUUCACUCCCCCCAUGAAUCCACAUGGCUACCCUGGUUAUGAAGGUAUCAGGAUCAGGAAGAACUGUAGCAGUAACGAGGAAAGGACUAACCUUUAUGCUCAUCCUCGCAUGCCAGUGCAGCUCUCAGGUCAAAGGAAUAACCUCUGUGCUCAUCCUCGCAUGCCAGUGCAGCUCUCAGGUCAAAGGACUAACCUCUGUGCUCAUCCUAGCAUGCCAGUGCAGCUCUCAGGUCAUCACCAUCAGUUCCCUAUCUUCCCUGCAGGUGGUUCCUUGGCUCCAUCACCAUCCACACAGCUCUUCGCACCAUCACCAUCACCAGAAGCAGCAAAUGCAAUGAUGAGAAGAACCCCAAAGUUUAUAGAUUUUCUCGGGGUAGGAGACUCUUGAAGAAACAAUUUAAGAACUUUGUAAUCAUGUAACCUUUAAUCCCUAUGAUGAGAACUCUCUGUUAAGCAUCAACAUAAAAAGGUUGCAUUUUUUUGUUUGUAUUCCGGUUUCGGAAGGUUAAAUUAAAGUCUCAGUGACUAAAUAAAGUUUUUGAUUUUCUAUUUUUCGAACUUCCAGUUAAACAGAAAGAGCACAUUUAUCACAAGAGCUUCUAUAUGAAACUGAAAUCCUAAAUACAAAGCUAAAGAAUCUAAGAGUCUAAGAUUUUCUACCAAUUCUUGAUCGUUCUUAGAUUUGAGGAGAAGAUUCGAAGCUGCUUCUGGAGUGAAAUUUACAGAGAGGUGAUGAAGCUGGUCUGAGAAAGGUUAAAGCUUUAUC